CCUCAAGUCUCACUACUUUUUGUACCCAACACUCCUCAGACUAUUCUCUCUUCUCUUAUCUUCUCUCAAUUAUUUUCUUAAGAAUGAAAAUGGUUGGCAAAAUUACAUGUUUCGUGGUUUUGUGCAUGGUGCUGAUUGCACCUCAUGCAGAGGCAGUGACCUGUGGCCAGAUUCAGGUCGGCGUGGUUAAUUGCCUCCCUUAUCUGCAGAAUCGUGGCCCUCUCGGCGGCUGCUGUGGCGCCAUUAAAUAUUUGCUGACGCUUUGCAAGACAACACAGGAGCGUAGAAAAUCAUGCGGAUGCGUGAAAACAGCUGCUAAUACUAUAAAAGGCAUCGAUUUUGGCAAAGCCGCUGGUCUCUCUGGUGUUUGUGGCGCUAAGAUUCCUUUCGAAAUCAGCCCCACCGUUGACUGCUCCAAGGUCCAGUGAUGCUGAUGAAAGAGAUCUGUUUUCCACACCGUAAUUUUGCAGUAGCGCAAUCAUGUGUGGAGAAGAAUAAGAUUGGUCGAGUUUGAUGCUUCUUAAUUAUGGAUUGUGUCCAUUCUCUCUCUAUUUUUCUUGUGUGUCUUUUCAAGUCAUAGUCAAGUCUUGUAAUAAAACUUUGGAGGUUGCUUGUAUUACAACCCAAUCUUAAUAAUA